AUGACACUGCCACGCAUUUUGACAGUUGGUACCGGUGCUGUUGGUGCUAUCUACUCUUGGCGACUUGCUCAAGCCUGCCAUGUCACCACUGUGUGCCGUUCGAAUUUCGAAGCAGUGCGUCAACAUGGAUUCAACAUCGAUUCCAAGAAAUUUGGUCAAGCGACAUUCAUGCCCAACCAAGUUGUCCGCCAAGUACCUAAAGCGCCAGAGGAUCAGCCAUACGACUAUGUGUUGGUGACACUCAAGGCGUUACCAGAGGUUUACAAUGUGGCCGAUAUCAUUGCACCAGCCGUAACCAAGGGCAAGACGACCGUUGUACUUAUCCAGAAUGGAUUGGGUGUUGAAGAGCCCAUUGUGGAGCGUUUCCCGGAUACGCCUAUUGUGUCAGUGGUUGCUUACAUUGGCACCUCACAAACUGCCUUGGGCAAGAUCCAGAUGGUUGGUGGAGAAACGCUUGUUGUUGGCAACUACAAACCAUCGCCCGUUGAUGCCAAUGACAAAAUCGAUUCUUUUGUCAAGCUUUUGGAGAAAGGAGGAUGCACAGUGAACCGUGUAGAUGAUGUGGAACGGGUACGCUGGCAAAAGUUGUUCUGGAAUGGUACAUUCUCCCCCGUUUGUGCCAUCAGUCGCAUGGAUACAACCGAAAUUCUCAAUUGCGAACCAGCCAUGGAUACCGUCAAGGGUCUCAUGUCAGAGCUUGUUGAAGUGGCCAAGGCAGCUGGCUAUGACUUUGAUCCCGAAGAGCAAGUGAAGACUAUGAUGGAGCGUACGCGUGCAACAGCAAUGGAUUACAAGCCAUCCAUGUUGCUUGAUAUCGAACAUGGUCGACCUAUGGAAGUAGGAGUGAUUCUGGGAUCUCCCUUGAGACGUGCCAAAGCUUUGGGAGUCAAGGUGCCAAAAUUGGAGAUGGUGCACAACUUGUGCUAUUCGAUGAACGUGCACACCUUGAACCAAAAGAAAUAG